AUGGGCGGAUGGAAGGGGCCGGGGCAGCGCCGGGGAAGGGAAGGGCCGGAGGCGCGGCGGCUGGCGGCCGAGAGGGGCGGCGGCGGCGGGGUCCCCGCGCCGCGGAGCCCGGCCCGAGAGCCGCGUCCACCUUCCUGCCUCCUGCUCCUGCCGCCCUGGGGCGCCGCCAUGACGCCCGAUCUGCUCAACUUCAAGAAGGGAUGGAUGUCGAUAUUGGAUGAGCCUGGAGAGCCUCCCUCCCCUUCGCUCACCACCACCUCUACUUCGCAGUGGAAGAAACAUUGGUUUGUGCUGACAGAUUCAAGUCUCAAAUAUUACAGAGACUCCACUGCUGAGGAGGCAGACGAGCUGGAUGGUGAGAUCGACCUGCGUUCUUGCACGGAUGUCACUGAGUACGCGGUGCAGCGCAACUAUGGCUUCCAGAUCCACACCAAGGAUGCUGUCUAUACCUUGUCGGCCAUGACCUCAGGCAUCCGGCGGAACUGGAUCGAGGCUCUGAGAAAGACCGUGCGUCCAACUUCAGCCCCCGACGUCACCAAGCUCUCGGACUCUAAUAAGGAGAACACGCUGCACAACUACGGCACACAGAAGGGCCCCCUGAAGGCAGGGGAGCAGCGGGCGGGCGUUGAGGUCAUCAGCCGGGGUGGCCCUCGGAAGGCAGAUGGGCAGCGGCAGGCCUUGGACUACGUGGAGCUCUCCCCGCUGACCCAGGCCUCCCCGCAGCGGGCCCGCACCCCGGCCCGCACUCCUGACCGCCUAGCCAAGCAGGAGGAGCUGGAGCGGGACCUGGCCCAGCGGUCCGAGGAGCGACGCAAGUGGUUCGAGGCCACAGACAGCAGGAUCCCAGAGGUGCCCGCUGGUGAGGGGCUGCGCCGGGGCCUGGGUGCCCCCCUGACUGAGGACCAGCAAAAUCGGCUCAGUGAGGAGAUCGAGAAGAAGUGGCAGGAGCUGGAGAAGCUGCCCCUGCGGGAGAAUAAGCGGGUGCCCCUCACUGCCCUGCUCAACCAAAGCCGCGGAGAGCGCCGAGGGCCCCCAAGUGACAGCCACGAGGCACUGGAGAAGGAGGUUCAGGCUCUUCGGGCCCAGCUGGAGGCGUGGCGUCUCCAAGGGGAGGCUCCUCAGAGUGCGCUGAGAUCCCAGGAGGACGGCCACAUCCCCCCGGGCUACAUCUCACAGGAGGCAUGUGAGCGCAGCCUGGCAGAGAUGGAGUCCUCACACCAGCAGGUGAUGGAGGAGCUGCAGCGGCACCAUGAGCGGGAGCUGCAGCGGCUGCAGCAGGAGAAGGAGUGGCUCCUGGCGGAGGAGACGGCAGCCACGGCCUCAGCCAUUGAAGCCAUGAAGAAGGCCUACCAGGAAGAGCUGAGCCGAGAGCUGAGCAAAACACGGAGUCUCCAGCAGGGCCCGGAUGGGCUCCGGAAGCAGCACCAGUCAGAUAUGGAGGCACUGAAACGGGAGCUGCAGGUGCUAUCGGAGCAGUACUCGCAGAAGUGCCUGGAGAUAGGGGCGCUCACGCGGCAGGCCGAGGAGCGUGAGCAUACGCUGCGCCGCUGCCAGCAGGAGGGCCAGGAGCUGCUGCGCCACAAUCAGGAGCUGCAUGGCCGCCUGUCAGAGGAGAUAGACCAGCUGCGUGGCUUCAUUGCCUCGCAGGGCAUGGGCAACGGCUGCGGGCGCAGCAAUGAGCGGAGUUCCUGCGAGCUGGAGGUGCUGCUUCGUGUAAAAGAGAAUGAACUCCAGUACCUGAAGAAGGAGGUGCAGUGCCUCCGGGAUGAACUCCAGAUGAUGCAGAAGGACAAGCGCUUCACCUCGGGAAAGUACCAGGAUGUCUACGUGGAGCUGAGCCACAUCAAGACGCGGUCCGAGCGGGAGAUCGAGCAGCUGAAGGAGCACCUGCGCCUUGCCAUGGCCGCCCUCCAGGAGAAGGAGUCGAUGCGCAACAGCCUGGCUGAGUAGAGGUCCCGCUCAGCUGCAGACCCUCCAGGCUGGAGGAGCAGCCGCCCUCUUUCCCUCCUGGAUGGAAGUCAAAAGCCAAGCUUUCUCUCCACCCUCUGUGGGCCACACGUGCACUUGCACCCACCACACACCCACACCCACACCCACCACACACACACCCACACACCCACACACACACACACACACACACACCCACACACACACCCACACACACCCACACACACACA